AUGCAAACCACAAACCGCUCGAAUUGUAAAAUAGCGUGGCAUUUGAGUUUCUCUCUCUAGAUCGUACUGUGGAGUGUUUCUUUCUCACUCCUCUCUGCAAGAUCCGCACCUCAAACCCUUCCUAACCCCUACCGCAGAGGGAGCUGAGAAGAACACGCUCCUACCACCCUUCUUCCGAUCCAGUUGGAUUAGCUUUUAGAAACAAUUACCAUGGCAACUUCAGAGCAGCAAGCCCCAUCCGAAACUCCUGCAGCUAAUAUUGUUGGUAAUGCUUUUGUUGAUCAAUACUACCAUAUGUUGCAUGAAAGCCCUGAGCUGGUACAUAGGUUUUACCAAGAUGUCAGUAAACUUGGUCGUCCUGAACAAAAUGGUAUAAUGGGCAUUACGACCACAAUGUUUGCUAUUAAUGAGAAGAUACUUUCCUUGGGUUAUGGUGAACUGAGUGCAGAGAUCAUAUCUGUGGAUGCACAAGAAUCUUAUGGCGGUGGAGUCCUUGUCUUGGUCACUGGGUUUAUGAUGGGAAAGGAUGGCAUUAAGAAGAAAUUUACUCAGUGUUUCUUCCUUGCUCCUCAAGAGAAAGGCUACUUUGUUUUGAAUGAUGUUUUCAGAUAUGUUGAUGAGAAUGGAAUUCAAGGUUCUGCUCAUCAUGAUGUUGGAUCUCCUGUCUCUCCUGACAAUGUGGCAGAUCCUUCUUUGCCAGAGAGACAAGUUUCGGAGCAAAUAUCUGUGACAGCUGAGGAUGGUGAUGCGGAGGAAGUCUACCAUCCAGAAAAUGGGCAGGCUUCAAUCGAAGAGGAAGAAGCUCCUGUACCUGAGGUUCUUGAUGAAAUUCCUGAUGAUUCUCAGAUGGUAGCUGGAUUGGCAUCUCAAAUUGAAGAAGUUCCAAAGAAGUCUUAUGCCUCUAUUGUGAAGGUCAUGAAAGAGGGUUCCACACUAUCUUCCACAGCAACAGCGGUUUCUGUGAAAUCUGCCAUUAAGACCCAAGAACAGCAGGGUAAUGCUGCACCUCCACCAUCCAGCAUCUUAGAGACAAAUGGUUCUAGUAUUAAUACUAAUGAAAUUGGAAACAAUCAAGAAGCUGAAGCUGAGGGCUAUUCUAUUUAUGUGAAAGGUCUGGCAUCAAAUGCUACCCCUGCCCUUCUGGAAAAUGAGUUCAAGACGUUUGGACCUAUUAAGAGUGGUGGUAUCCAAGUUAGGACCCAAAAGGGGUUUUCCUUUGGCUUCGUGGAGUUUGAAGUGGCAAGUGCUGUGCAAAGCGCUCUUCAGGCCUCACCAAUUUUGAUCAAUGGCCGCAAUGUUGUUGUUGAGGAAAAGAGGUCAACUAAUCGAGGUAAUAGCCGAGGACGGUUUUCUUCUGGAAGGGCACCAGGUUACAGGGGUGAAGGAGCAAGAGGGCGUGGAAAUUAUGGAAAUGGCAGAAGCUAUGGCCGUGGUGACUUUAAUGGCAGGGGGGAAUAUGGAUAUAGGAAUGGAAAUAGGGGAGGAUUUUCAAGCCGUGGGGGUGAUGGGUAUCAGAGAAAUGAUCAUACGGGAACCAGUGGUGGCUGCAUGAAUCGAGCAGGCGGGUCUGCUGUUAAUUCAGCACCCAAAACAACAGCUGUUCAUGUUCCUGCUUCUGCUUGAGGAGCUAUGUCUCAAGGAGUCAGACUGAUUGAAAGUUAUUUCAGUUCGCAGUAGAUCAAGCAAUUGGAGAAGGAGCGAGCCUUUUUUUGGAUGAGUUACUUUUAAGUUUCAUAAGGUCCUUUUUUUUGUUUUCAUUUUUUGUAUUGGUGGUCUUGGUAAAGGUAGUUCUUCAAUCUCUGUUCAUUAUAAUGUCUUAGGAUAGUUUUUGUGCUUCCCCAGUUUUUAUGAAUAUAAAUAUAUAUGUUUGGGGGUACCUCACCUAAUUUUUUGGAAAUUGACUAGUAUUUGGUAGUUGUGACAUGAGAGGUUGCUGUCAUGAAUUGCGGAAAUGAUUUUGUAAAACUCUGGAGUUGUUAAAUCUGAUAUUGAUUGCCCUGUUAUUGAUUUGGGCGCGUCCUUCAAUUAGGGUAUGAUGCCUAAAUGGCAUAACAAUGAAUUUAACACAGAUUUUU